UAAUGGAUAGAUGUCAAAGCGAAUCAAAAUUUUUCGUUGGGUAAAAAACUUUACCCUAAAUAUUGAUGAUUUAAAAUAACUAAUAGUGCUCCAAUCAUCGCUCCAUAAAUUGUUAUAUGAGCUACAAUUGAGUAAUUCAAAAUGUAUCUCUCUUCUGUUAGUUCUCGUUUGCAUCUUCACGAUACUAACAGUUGGGAGUUAAAAAAAUCCUACGGAUGUUAUGAUGGUUUAAUGAGAGAUAUAUCAUGGAGCGAUGAUGGUAAAUACAUAUUACAGGUCAACUGCAAAGGUUUAAUCGAAAUUUUAACACCAGCAGACCAUGACAUUCGUAGCUUACAACACAUUCCAUUGAAAGACACCUGGUCGGCUACUUUCCAUCGGGAAGGCCACAGAAAUGUCGCCAUUGGCACCAAGAGUGGUAAUGUUCUGAUAUGGGACACAAAAAACAAGACUAUAACCAAAACAUUCCCCACUCCCACGCAUCAGGCUAGCGUUAACUUCAUCAGCUAUAAUGCCAAAAACAACAAUUUGGCAGCUACCAUGAAUAAUGGAGAAACUAUCAUCUAUGGACUGGUUUCCAACAUUCCAAUUUUAACAGUCAAACUUAACUGUUCGAAAAGCAUUUCUUCAAUGAAAUUCCAUCAUGAAACACGGUGUUUAUUAGGCUUGGCUACAGAUGAAGGACAUGUUGUACUACGAGAUAUCAACACUAAUAAGGACAAAGCUUUCUUUGAUAACAUCCAUGCAGCUCCGGUUAGUGAUAUAGCUUAUUCAUUGAUAAACAAAGAUGUGAUGUUGUCCAGUGGCUAUGAUAAAAUUGUACAUGUAUAUGAUAUAAGACUCCAAAAUGUUGUUUCUACUAUCAAAACGUCUUAUACAUUGUCUUCUGUAGCUAUAAAUGCUGACAAUCAAGUUGCUAUCGGGACCAGAAAUGGAGCAGUCAUGAUCUAUGACUUGAGAGACUUAACCACUCCCUUUACAACACUGAAAGGCCAUAGUGAGGAGGUCAAGAAAGUAGCUUUCCAACCCUCAAAGAGGAAGCCGCAAUUGAAUGAAAUAAGCAUUCAGGAAGACACUGAACUACAUUUAACACCUAGUAGACCUAGUCCUGGGAAGCCUAGGACUUCUGACAUGUUCCUCAUCUCAGCCUCACCUAACAAGGAUAACCUGGAUGUCUCUGAAAAGUCUGAAGAUAAGAGAGCCGAUUCAUUCUUAGUACUAAUGGGACUGGAUAAGUCUAACGAAGAUGACACAAAUAAAUCACAAUUUAAAGAAAGCAGCAUCUUUGAACGGAACAAAAGACUGGACGUAGAGAAGAAUAUGAGUAAAAUUUCAACACCGCUUCAUAACCAAGUCUCUGACAAUUUAGCGUUUACCUCUCCCAUGUUAAACGGCAAUCCAGAUGAUGGGAGACCGCUAAUAGCUGUAAACGGGGAAAAGGAAAAGAUUACGAGAUACAAUUCUAGUAUGGUUGAAGAGCUUAAAGACUUCAUAGAGCUCAGUCUUGCAGACGUUGCGGAAGAUAAUAAGAACUAUUUCUUACACAUCAUGAUGGUUCUGACGAAGCAGAGGCUGUCAUUGGAGAAACAGAUGGCGGCCAUGAGUUCUCAGAUCUCGAUGAUGCAGGAGAGCCAGAAUGAGCUGUUGGAUGCUAAUAAGAGACUGGCUUUGCAAGUUGAGCAGUUGAAAUAUGCUACUAAUAAUAAUCUUUAAAUUAUUGUAAUUUUUCCACUUAUACCAACAGUAAAAGUCCGUUUUUCCUGUAGAAAAUAGAUCCUCAUAGAGGCUGGUCCUGAAAAAUCAUUUUUUUUUUGUUAUAAAUAUUUUGGCCCUCUUAUAAUCUUAGACCUUUGUCAUGCUAGCUUAUUCAUAUUCAGUUCACUUGUGGGAGUGCGGUGAAAUUUUGAAAAUGAUAGACAAAUGUAGAAUUUAUUCUCAUUGUCAAGCUAAAUACACUAGCCAUGUUUAAUUUUAUUCAUGGAUAAUUCAUAUGUAAGUGUAAAUCUCUAAAUAAAUUGUGUAUGUUGAAAGUGUAACUUGGAUUGACUGUUAGUGCCUUCAGUUUAAGUAUAGUUGCAUAAUGUAUAUAAAUUAUUGGUAAUGCCCCAUUUUUAAUAUCAGAAUAACAGCAGUGUAUCUUGCCCCAAAAUUGUCUAUUUGAAAGUAAUUAAUAAUUUAUAUAUUUACCUAAAUAAUAUUUUACAAAAAUAUACAUUGUUAAAAUGAAAUUCUACUGGCAUAGGUAUAAAUGUAUUAAGAAUCUUGUGCCAUUAUAGCUGUAAAGAUUUAAUCUAAUUCAGUAUUAUUUAUAAAUUCCAUGACAAUAAAUGUGUGUGCUGUUGAUUUGUUGUAACUAGGAUUGCAACUGUGUAAAAAUACUAAAAAUUAAAUAAUAACGAAACCCCAACCUUUUUAUUAUUAUUAUAAU